AUGAAGGAUGAUCCGGAACAGAAGUACCGAACUGAUAAGACGCUCAUGAUGGAAGCCUAUGACCGCGGUGAGAUACAGCUCAUGGAUAAGACCUGUACUGAUCUCCUGGCUGUGAAGCCGCAUGAUGCCGAGGUUUGGCGGAUGCUAACUCUAGGCAGGCUGCGCCUUAAGUUAUGGGAUGUGGCCCUUGAAGCUGCUCGGCGCUGGAUUGCAUUUGAACCGCAUUCGCUCAAUCCGCGAUGUGCCGAAGCCUUUGCCCAAGCAGGAACCCAGGAGAUGGACAGUGUCAAGGAAGCGCGUGUCCGCUUUGCACAGCUAUACAAAGAAGUGACAGGCAUGGACGACAAGGGCGAGGGUGUUCGGGAUGUUGCAGUUGAACUUCAAGAGUGCGUUUGGCGGUGCGAUGAGAUGCUGGAGCAUCGGAAGGUAGAAGAGCAGAAGGAGGCCCAGCCAGAGGAAUGCCGGCCGUGCAAUUUGAGUGCCCGUCCGGCGACUGUGCUCACGGGAGCAAGGCCGCCUCACUACUUCCUCCCAAACUUCGCCAAUUCUGUUGGGCCCAUUAGGGUUGUCCAAGCAGAGGAUGAGGAGCUGGGAGGUGGCGCAAUGCAUCCCCGAAAGAUCAUUGUCACCAGGGACUUGGAGGCGGGCGAGCCCCUCUUCGUGCAGAAUGCUUUGGCUUUCAGCGCUUUGGAUCAGGCUGGCGACACGGUUCGGCUGAAGACAUCGCUUGUCACAGCUGCCACGCUGUCUCCAAGACAAGCCAAGCUGAUAGACAUACUGAUAGACCGCAGUGAGUGGGAUGAAGCUGAUAGCGACGCCGUCAUGGCAGCCCUCAGUGAUCCCAAGGUUGCUCAACUCAUGUGCAUUGCCCACACCCGCCUCACUUCACAGUAG